GACUUUCUACACCUUUAAUGCAAGAAAAGUUACUAAGUGUAGCUGCGCCUGCUGCUAGUGAUGAAGAGGCUGCUGAAGUAAAUGCUUAUGACCAACCAGAAGCCCCAAAGCUGGUUCUGCAAUCUCUGUUCUCACUUAUUCGAGGUGAAGUUGAGCAGCUGGACUCAAGAGCACUUCCACUCUGUCUUCAUCAGGUAGCAGAGUCCUAUUUCCAGGAGGAGGACUAUGAGAAAGCAAUGAAAUUCAUUCAGCUCGAACGGUUGUAUCAUGAACAAUUGCUUGCAAAUCUUUCUGCUAUUCAAGAACAGUGGGAAACAAAAUGGAAAGCUGUACAACCACAUACAGUUCCGUCUCUAAGGAAUUCAGAAAAAAGAUUUAAUGGUGAAGAUUUUGAGCGGCUUACUAAAAUUUGCACAACACAUCAAGAUCCUCUUUUAUCUAAACAUAAGAUAGCAGCUAUAGAAAAGUCCCUGGGAAGGAAAUGCCUUACUCAGUUAAUACUGUCUGAAGAUCCAAAGGAAAGAGGAGCUACAGCCAAAGAGUCAGAGAGUGAAACUUGUCUUGGCAUGGAACCAAGUAAAGAAAGCCAACUUAAAGAAGCUCCCUGGGAGAGCGGUCGCUGCUGUCAUCAGACAGACGAGCAGGCAGAUUCCCCGAGCCUUCCGGCAACUGCAGGGCAAGACCACACGGAGGAGCCGCUCUGCAGUCCUGAAGCCACACUGGAGCUCCACGCCCAGUCCUCGGAGACGGCAGGGAGCAGGUCUGGGCCAGACUCUUCCGAGAAUGCUUGUGAGCUGCAGCUGGCUCGGGGGGCUGGCCAAGAUGUGGCCAAGCUAGAGGGCAUUGCUGAAGACCCUAGGGUGUUACCAACGGAAGAGCCACUGAUUUUACCAGGCUGUGACUAUACACCUGUGUUGAUUUCUGAGGGUAAAUAUUCACAGACUCAAAGAAAAGAACUCCAGCUGCCGCUUCAGGAUGCUCCUGAGGCGUUGCCCACAGACCUACUUGAGAAGAAUGAAUUAAAUGAGCUGCAGCAACCUGAGCUCCCACACUGUGACGGAAAAUCACCACAGGGUCAGACUGACUCACAGGGCUCUGACGAUGUACUUUGUGAGAAGAAUAAUGUAUCUGACUUAAGAACACCGUUUCCAGAGGUGUAUAUGGCCCCAGAGGAAAAAGGAGAUAAGGACGACCAAAUCAGUAAAGAAACAGAAGACUAUUUGAACAGCCUUUUAGAAGGAUGCUUCAAAGAUACUGAAGAUUCCCUUUCAUAUGAAGAUAACCAGGAAGACGACUCUGAGCUCCUUCAAGACCUUUCUCCUGAAGAAGCGUCCUACAGUCUACAGGAGAAUCUCCCCUCUGAUGACAGCUGUCUUUCUCUUGAUGAUCUUGCCAAAAGGAUAGAGAUUGCAGAGGUUGUUCCUGCCGAAGGAUUGGUCUCUAUAUUAAAGAAGAGGACUGAUGCUGUAGGAGAUCAUCCUGCCCAAAUGCAACAGAAACCAUCUAAGCGAAGAGUGAGAUUCCAAGAAAUAGACGAUACCUUGGACCAAGAUGAAGUUGGAGGUGGCUCCUGUAUUUUACUGCUCUUGCUGUGCAUAGCCACGGUUUUCCUUAGUGUUGGAGGAACCGCAUUAUACUGCACUUUUGGUGACAUGGAGUCACCUGUUUGUACAGACUUUGCAGACAACAUGGACUUCUAUUACACUAAGUUACUGCAGGGAAUGACAGAACUUAAACACUGGAUCUACCUCUCCUAGCAGCGUUCAGGAGGGACAGGCAUGCUGGCAGUAUGAAUGAAAGAUGUGAAACUUUCUAAACAGCUUUUAUUCCAGGAGUUCUGUAACAUUCCCCCGUCUCCCCAAUGAGAAACCAAGGACAUCAGAAGCAGCAACUUUAUAUGGCGAUCCAGAGGAGCUCUGUUAGAAUAAUGAGGCAAAUAUUGAUAGAAGCAUUAUGGAUGGAAGGAAUGAUCUUUGGAGAGCAUAGCCAUCUCCUCUUCACUGCUUCCUACUGUAAUGAGGUACACAGAGAAAAUUAAACAGGGCAGUCUUGGAACCACACUGUUUUUAGCUACCUUGUCAAGCUAAUGGUUAAAGGACACUUUUGGUAUGUGUUUGUUGGUCCAUAGACAUUGCUUCCAGCCAUCACGCAAUAAGUUUGUAUGCAAUCAAAAAGAGUUACCUUAUGGUUUCAAUGUCAUUUUUUAGUUAACCAUGGGAGCUAUGUAACUUAGGCUUUGUGCAUUAUUCCCGGAUUCUGUUCUCCAUUUGUGAAAUGGAUGUGUGCGUGUGUGUGCGGGUGUUUCAGGCAGUUAUCAUAAGCAAAUACACAACUUAGAAUAACAAAGAUUAUCUUUAUUCUUUUAACUUGACUAUGAUGUGCAGGCACAAAUCUUUGAAGGUUUAACUAUGGCAUAGAUGAAUUGUAGAAAUUUGGCCCUGAAAUGAGAAACUGUGACAGAUCUGUGGCAAUUAACUUGAUUAGCCAGAAAUCAAUCACGGGCCUGGAGGCAACAUUAAGGCACUCCCCCAAGUCACAGGCAGCAGUUUCAUCAUAUGGAUUCAGUGCUUCCUGGAAUGAUUAAGGCUGGUCACUACACAAUUCAGCAAACAAUUUUUAAGCACCUAUUAUGGUCUGAGAAUCUAAGAACCAGAAUGCAAACAUAAAUAAGAUAGAAUCCCUGCAAUAGAUGUUUUAAUUCUGGUCUUAUGUAAAAUAAACCAAUACUUUGGCAAGUGAAAUGCAAUUCAGUAUUAACAGAUCAUGCAUUCAGAUGUUUGACUGUGCAUUCUUAUCAUGGGCUUGAUUUAGACCCUAUCGUGGGGUCAUUAAACAAAAAUACAAUCAUACCUUAAAUAAGCAAAUGUCUAAUUUUUGUUUAAAUCUGUCAGCUAGGUGGCCUUUCUGUAUCUAAGGUACAGUGGUCUAACAUUUAGGAAGCCCUGCUUUGACUUUUUAUACCCUAAGUAGCAUUUUCAAAAAACAAACAUGAAUUACAGUUUAAGUGAUCAUUAUUUCCUGUUUUUCUGUUAGGAUCAUUUGAAAGAAUAAAGGAGAAAUUACUUUCUAGUUAUUACUGGCUGGUACAGUAUCUCCCUUUGUGUUUUUGCUUAUUUAUUUAGAUUGUGUGAAUUUUAAAGGGCUUUUUAUAUAAGUUGAGAGUGUGUCUCCGAGCAUGCAUUCGGUUAUUCCAAUGCUAGAUAUUUAAUUAUGAUGUACUUUGUGUUUUGAUUUUCUAUAAUUUCAGUUCAGUGUAUUUUUAGGCUUGUUUAUUUUUAAAUUGAUGUUUCUUUUUCACUUAUAAUACUAUUUGAUUUGUCUCUAUAUGUCACCAUAAACUGUAAUAUUUUCAAGGGUUAUAGAUCAAAGAUAUUUAUUUAGAAGUAUACAAAAUACUGAAAUUUAGAUUCGUUAUACUUAAGGCUGACUUAUUAGAAGAUUAUUUUAAUGUUCUAUUAUAAAUUUUAAGAAUUUAUAUUCAAAUUGUAUGUAAAGUAUGUAAAAUAUUGACGGUACUAUCUUAGGUGGUUCUAUAAAAGCCGUUCACGAGGUCUGCUGUGAGGGGCCCCCUUGUCGUAGACAAACCUCUUCUGUGCUUUACCCUCCUCGUUUCUAGUUACAGGAAUUUGAUGAUGCUUAUUUCUGCCAAUUUUAUGUCAAGAUAAGUUAAAAUUUCCCCCCUAUUCACCUCUUUUAGGUCACUCUUGGAGUCCUAUAUAAUCUCUGGUGUUAUAUUUACCUAUAACCCACCUGGGCCACUUCUGAAACCUAAGAUUUCCUGGGACCUUCACACUGAGAUGAAAAAAUUUAGAGAAUAUUUUACUAGUGCAGGGCCCAGUUGUAUCUCAGAGAAAUCAUGGGCAUCUUCCCCACUUCCCAGGGAGGGUGAGGGGAGCUCAGGAGCAUAUUUAAUAUCUUGACUUAAAAUAGGCAUGAAAUCUCAACUAGAAAAAUUAGGUCAAUUUUUAAAAAUGUAAUAGUCAUUUAUUGCAUGAAUUGGAGUAAUUCCACCUGGUGAUGAAAGGAUUGUUAUCUCACAUAAAAAAUUCAUCCAGUUUUACUAAAAUGCAAUUUCUGUCAUUUGAAACUACUGACAACUAUUUGUAACUAAUCUUCUUUAAGAACUGUAUUUGAGGGUAUCAAAUCAAGCUUGUAAUUUAAAAUCUACACCAACAAA